AUGAUUGAUGCAGCUGGAGCUAAGUUGUGGUGGAAUUUUAGAAGAGGAGAGUCAAUCUGGAGUCAGUUUGUUAAAGCAAAAUACUGCAAUGAAGUACACCCAGUGGCUAGGGGUUGGAACUAUAAGGACUCACAUGUUUGGAGGAGGAUGGUGGAAGUUAGAGAGAAAGUGGAACCUGAGAUUCAAUGGGAUAUAAGGAGGGGGAACCUGAAUGUCUGGUGGGACAACUGGUCAGGGAAAGGGGCCCUUGCAAUAUGGUUAAAUAGGAGAGGAAAAAGGAAAGCCAAAGACAUGCUAAAAGAUGGGUGGAUAAAUGGAGCUCUAGAUUUGAACCACUUUGGGAUUCAGGAUCAGUCCUUAGCUCAGAACAUCAGAAUAAGAGAGGGGGCAGAUAAGCCAAGGUGGAAGCCAACUGGGGGUGGCUUUAAUUUUAAAUCUGCAAAGGGUUUGAUGAGGCAGCAUAGAAAUAGAGAAGGAGGCUUGUGGUGCAAGAAGAUUUGGAACAAAGGGAUUACUUGGAAGAUGUCUUUUCUAGCAUGGAGAGUUUUUAAAAAGAAAUUGCCUGUGGAUGAUGUGCUAAGAAAAAUGGGGUAUCAAACAGUCUCUAAAUGCCCUUGUUGUGUCAAGCCUGGGUGUGAUACACUGCAACAUAUCUUUGGGAUGGGGGACACUGCACAUCAAGUUUGGGAUUAUUUCUCCAGGGCCAUGGGAGCUAGAAUUCUCAUUAGAAGUGAAAGGCAUGUAUGUUAUGAAUGGUGGAUGAUGGCCUUUAAAAACAGGAUGUUCAAGUUUAUGGCAGACAGGCUCCCUAUUCUGAUUCUUUGGGAGCUUUGGGUAAAUUAUACACAUUGCAAAUAUGGGAAGGGGAAGCCUUCUGUUACAAGGAUAAUUUUUAAGGUGACAAAGGAUCUAGCUGAAUGCAUUCAGAGAAAGUGGCCUGCUUGGGACCCUCUGCCCCCUAAUUUUGGAUUCAUAAUGAAAAGAGCUGAAAGCUUUGGCUAUGGUAAGAUUGUGCAAAGGACAGGUUGGUGUAGACCAAGAAGAGGAAGUGUAAAGGUGAACUGGGCUAUAGAAGACAACAGCUGUGGCUUCUUCAUCAGAAAUUCUAGGGGCAUGUUCUGUGUUGCAGGUGUCUACUCUUUUGAGAAUGGAGAGGACAUACAGGCCGUAGCUAAGAGAAUGCUUAGGGAUUGUUGGAACUGGGGAUGCAGAAAUCAUAUAAGAGAUAUGUGCUUUGAAUCUGAUAAGGUGUUGGAUUGGGAGUAUGCUGACCAGGUCAACUCCAGUAGGACCAAUGAAAGGGUUAAUGCUGUAGCAAGGUGCCUGACUAGGAUGUGUGCAGGGAUGUGCAUAUGGUUUUUGAAUGGGUGUGGUCUUCCUAGGGGACUGGACAGAGUUCUAGCUCUUGAAGGGAUCCCCCAUUUUGUUCUUCUCCCUGGAAUGGAUGCCUUAAGUAGAUGA